AAGAUCUUUUGUGCAAACCUCCUUGAUAUAAAGAGGGGUUCUCAAAAAGCACAGCAUACCCUAUUGAACUGCAUCAGAGCAUUCAGUGAGGAUAUGGUGGAUCGUGCCCCAGAGACUUACUACUAAGGCCAAGGGCGGACGCCUGGCUGAUUCCAGGAACCCUCGCACGCAGCCCAGUUGUGAAGGGGAAGGUUUCUGGAGGGACGCAGAGUGGCACGUCCGCUUCAGUCAUGGCGGUGGACAUCACGCUGCUCUUCAAGGCCAGCGUGAAGACGGUGAAGACCCGGAAUAAAGCGCUCGGGGUCCUUUUCAGCAGCAGCGACAGUACCCGCGACGAUGUGCUCCUGCUCAAGCGCGGUAGCAGUCUCCGUUCUAAAGGCGACUUCUCCAGCCGGGCCCGGGAAGUGGUCAAUAACAUUGGGAAGCUGAAAGAUUUUCUUCUGCAGCAUAGGAAAGAUUACAUUAAUGCCUACAGCCAUGUCAUGUCUGAAUAUGUGCGGAUGACAGACACUGAGCGAGACCAGAUUGACCAAGAUGCCCAAAUCUUUAUGAGAACGUGUGCUGAUGCAAUUCAGCAACUCAGAACAGAAGCACACAAGGACAUCCAUUCCCCACAAGUGAAGCAGCACAGAGAAGCUGUCUUGGAUUUCAUUGGAGACUAUUUAAAAAGAGUGUGUAAGCUAUAUUCAGAACAAAGAGCUAUCCGGGUCAAGCGAGUGGUUGAUAAGAAAAGAUUAUCUAGGCUUGAACCUGAGCAGAGCAAUAAAUCCAGAGUAACAACUUCUCCUGAGAGAACUAUUCAGACAUCUUCAGAAGAAUCUGAAGAAAAACUAAUUUGUGAAGACAACAGAGAAAAGAAUGUGGCAGAUGAACAUGCAAAUUUUGGGCUUUGGGGUGAUGGCAGAGGAGAAGAUGAGCUUUCACCUGAAGAAAUCCAAAUGUUUGAACAAGAAAACCAGCGCCUUGUUGGUGAAAUGAACAGCCUAUUUGAUGAAGUGAGACAAAUUGAAGGAAAAGUGGUUGAAAUAUCUAGACUUCAAGAGAUAUUUACAGAAAAAGUCUUACAGCAGGAAGCUGAAAUUGACAAUAUCCAUCACUUAGUUGUGGGUGCAACAGAGAACAUCAAGGAGGGAAAUGAAGAUAUAAGAGAGGCAAUCAAGAAUAAUGCUGGAUUUCGUGUGUGGAUCCUCUUCUUCCUUGUGAUGUGCUCCUUUUCUUUGUUAUUCUUGGACUGGUAUGGUAGCUAACCCCAGCCUAUUAGUUGUUGGUGUAGCAUUGACUGAAAUCUGCUAAAGUCACCCUGGACUGUUAUUGGCUGAAGAUGUUUUCUUUACGAAGCAAGAUGCAUUGUAUUUUAUGCAUCAUUGUGGUGGCAAUAUCUUGACCAGAUGAAUAUCUAGACAUUCUGCAACAGGAAGUAUUGGCCCAUUAUGAAGCUAGCUUUGGUGAAAAGUUCACCAAGGGAACUGUUGUGGUUCAUCAACAAAUGUAGCUUUUUAGCUAUUUAAUAUUUGUUUUAAUCUCAUGGUCUCAUCCGAAAUAAAAAUUAUUUUGUACAUGCGGAUUACUGGUAGAAGCUCUGUAGUAACCAAGGAACUCACCGAAGUUCACAGCAAGUCGUAGAAUCUCAGCAGUCAACACCAUGCAAAGUUUAGUUGUGACAAGUUGAAAAAAAUGCUUAAACUGGUGGCCUAAAUAAACCCAAUUCAAGAGAUGCAGAGUAAAUUCCAGAUUGUAUUUAAAAGGAAAGAUUUGACUGUUUAGAGAUGCUUUGCCUUUCUUUCUUACAAAAAUGCACCACCACAGAGAACCAAUAAUCCAAAUUCUUCAAUCAUAGCCAUUUAAAACAAUCAUCAUUGGAAAACUAGAGGGGUUUAUGUUAUCAUAAGUGGAGUGACUAGAAUCCUUCAUUUUUUAAAUGAUCUUAAAUGCAAUAUAUAUCUACGUCAACAUA